GUUUGUUUUGGAUCUACCAGUAGUGUCGAUGUUUAUUUGUAUUGGUCUUAUAAUAAGUUCCACAUCAGCAGAGACAACUAUACCAGCAGGGUAUCCAAUUGAAUUACAAACGGUGAUUUGCGAAAAUGAUGAUGGUACAAUAUCAUGCGACGAUGAUUUUAUCAUAAUAAUAACUAGCUCAACGUACGGGCGACUAGAUGGGACAACCUGUGGGCCUGCAGAUAAUUAUACUGAUCCGUGUACAAUUGAUUCCAAAGAUUGGGUUAUGCAGCAGUGCAAUUAUAGUCCAUCUUGCACUUUCAAACCAGGCGAUAUUAUUAUUACCGAUCCGUGUCUUGAUCAAUUAAAGUAUAUGACAGUUUCGUAUGUAUGUGCAGAUUCUAGUAUGUUCAAUACUGACACAACAAUAGCUGCAACAGAAGAGACUGUACCAGUGGAUCCCAUAAUAAAUUCUGAAACAACAACAACUACGCCAUUGGAGACUGAACCAGAAGAUCCCAUAAUCAAUUAUGAAACAACAACAACAACACCAUUGGAGACUGAACCAAAAGAUCCCAUAAUCAAUUAUGAAACAACAACAACAACACCAUUGGAGACUGAACCAAAAGAUCCCAUUAUAAAUUCUGAAACAACAACAACUACGCCAUUGGAGACUGAACCAGAAGAUCCUAUAAUCAAUUAUGCGACAACAACAUCUACUCCGGUGGAGACUGAACCAGAUGAUCCAAAAAUCAAUGCUGAAACAACCACAGCUACAACAGCAAAGACUGAAGCACAAGACUCUACAAUAGCACCAGGAACAACAUUACCUCCUGUGGACGGAGAAUGGAAUGAUUGGAAUACUUGGACAACUUGCAAUGCUUUUUGUGGAACAGGAAAACAAUACAGAUCAAGGUCAUGCAACAAUCCAGUUCCAUCGAAUGGAGGUCAAGAUUGUCCUGGUAGUUCAGAGGAGUCUAAAGAUUGUGUAAAUGGUGAAUGUUGUGCGCCAAGAGUAUUUGACAUGGUUUUCUUGGUUGAUGUGACAUUUUCUUAUUACCGCAUUAGUUCUAUUGAGACCUUCGUACAAAAUGUAGCUAACGUAACAACAAUUGGACCUUCCAGAACAAGGAUAUCGUUGGCAACAUUAGGUUCCACUGUAAACCUGGAGUUUGAUUUUGUAACUCACACAUCAUAUUCAGAAGUAUCUGACGCUCUUAAGAGUAGUAUAUCAAAAAAGUAUGCAACACCAAAUAUUAAAGAGGCCUUAGAAUUUGCAAGGGGUACAAUGUUCACAACAGAGAAUGGGGAUCGAUCUGAUGUUAGCGAUGUUGUAAUCAUGGUUAUUUCUGAUAGCGUUGUUGACGAAGACGUAGAUAUUGCUGCUCAAAGUCUGAAGGAUAAAGGAGUUUAUCUGAUAGUAGCCGAAGAGGAAUCAUAUUAUAGUACAUCAUCCGCAGUAGAACCUGUGUCAGAUUUAUAUGCUUCUUUUUACUCAGCAACGACAUCUUAUUUAGCCUCAGUGCAAAGUACCAUUGAAAAUGGAUUUCCUUGUAACUACUUUUGUGCAACAUCUUUCUUUGCCUUAGAUUCUCCUUCAACUCUGUCAACAGGAAAUGACUCAAGUUCAGGAUAUUUAUAUGUUAUGACGGACAGUCCUUUCAAAGCUACGUGUUGUGGUGCAGCAUCAGCAUGGGAAUUUUUCGCGGUGAAUUAUGGUACUGUGGAAAUGAUGAUUUUUAGACAAACAUCUUCGAAUGACUAUUACUUAGUUGGAUCGACGUCCAUAAUAGUACCUGAGGAAUAUGCCAACACAACAGUUUCUUUCUCUUUGACGUCUUCAGAAAGAAUAGCGAUUGUUGAAGGUGACAUGUUGGCAUGGUAUACAAAUGGGCCUAAUAUGAUUGGUCAUGCUGAUUGUACUACAACAAGUAGAUCGGAUUGUCCACAAUACAACAAAAGACUACAUCUACCAAGUGCAAAAUUUAACGCCGGAGAUUCUAUUGACUUGUCAUCAGCAGAAACAAUAGCUAACAAGGGUUUCUCAAUAAAAGUGUCAACAACAAAUAACACAGAACUUACUUUGAUAACCAUUCAGAACGAAACAGAAAUAGAAGAGAGUACACCUAUUGGAACUAAAGUGUUAUACUUUAGAGUUGAAGAUACUGAUUUAAACGAUAACAUCACCUUUACCCUUUCUGGAGACAGUGAACUAUUUGUAGUUAGUGAAGUUCAAUAUGAAAAGGUUACAUUAAACUUGAAUUCGACAGUGCCUAGGAAUGGUGGUCCUUAUAUAAUCACAGUGACAGGGACUGAUUCUUGUCAGCAUUCAGCUUCGACAACCGUAACAGUUUCUACCUAUAACGCUCCACCUAUUAUAAACAAUUUGCCAUCUAUUCUCGAGAUCAGCGAGUCAACGACAUCCUCAAUAUUUCUAUACACAAUCAAUGUAACAGAUGCCACGAAUGAUGAAAUAUGUUGUACCUUAGCAUACACAUUGCCCGUCAGUUAUAAUUUUAAGUUUAUAGAGAACGCUGGAGUAUAUUCAAUAUGGACUGUUGAAGAGCCGGCAUUUGCAUACAACGAUAUAGACUCAUAUCGAAUCUUCAUAUGUUGUCAGGAUGCCCUUGGGUCAAGUAUGAGUUACCUAAUAUUGAGACUGACAGAGGAUACUGAAACUAUACAAUAUAUCCCUCCAGAUUGGUUCUACAGAGCAGUCAUUAUUUCUUUGCUGCCUAUAUCAUUUAUGACAAUACUUUCCGUUGCCACGCUUGUAAUUACCAUGUUUUUCCUAGACGGUGAUAUAAUAUUGCCAGAAAGGACUGAAACGACAGUUUUAAUCAGCAGAGAGCCAACACUGGUAUCAGAUGCCGACGAUGCUACUAUUCUAUCUGAAAUAGAUAAUACCACAAUUAAGCCUGUAGGCAAGAGUAUAGAGUUUAAGGACUUGUAUAAGAAUGAAGUCGUACAAAUACCUGUAUGGACAGGGAAAUUUCGUAAAGCUCCCCAGGAAACUACCCAUAACGCAUGGCGUGAAAUAUCAAAUCGUUCCUCUAACAUUGAGAUUGAAGAGCAAUCUAAUUUGCCAUCUGGAUCACGAACAAAAGGAGAUGCUUUUGGAGUACAAUUGAAGUUAUUUCACUUUGGUAAAAAGCCAAUGAAUUCACUUUCAGCAGAAGAAAAAGCAACGCAAAUGCUUCAGAAAAAGAAUGCACUGAAAGAAAAGUGGAAAGAAAUAAUUGCAAAGGCAGAAUCAGAUAAAAGAAAGAAAGAAAUAAAAAAGAAAACGGAAAACCAUGAUUUGACACCACCUUUAGAUAAACAAAAUUCACUCAUACAGAGUAGGAGAAAUUCAAUCAAUAUCGUUGACGAAAGAGGAAAAUCGCCAAGUAUAAGUGAAGAAAAUAGUAUAUCUCUAUUUAAGAAUAAAGCUUCUACCACAGUUAUCCAUGAAGACAAUUAUGACAUUUUUAUUGAGAAAAAGAACGAAUCGAAUGAAACAGAUAGUCUUGAUUUAAACAUUGGCAAACAGUCAUCCGAUAGUGAUGCUGACAAUACAAACGCAGACGAACAUUCUAGCAUUGCUAAUAUAGAUGCAUUGAAAGAUGAAAGUGAAAAUAUCAGUGUAUUCAAUGAAAUCGUUGAAACAGGUACUGCAGCUAUUGUAACUGAUAUGAAUAAGUGAUUUUCAUAUGACAUGUAAUGCAUUUUGUUGAACAGUUGAAUCAAUGUAACUUUCCAUUACAUUUUAGGUAUAUGAUGACAAAAUAUAUUUUCGCUUGCAUGAAAUUGUGAUUUUCAUAUAAUUUGAAAAUGACCAUGCCGUUGAUGAAGGUACUCUUUUUUAUCACUUUUAUAAGUUAUGAAGAGUAACAAUAUUUGUCUUUUUUAAACCGUAUACAAACAAAUUUUAGUCCUAUUUAAUUUUCCCUUAAUUCGCUUAUAAUUUAAUCAAAAUAUAGGUAUGUAAAGUACACAUACAGAUAGAUUUACCUUCUUGGAGUGUAUACCUAUGCAGCCAAAUCCAAUUUAAUAGGAAAUUUACUAUAUUUGUAGAAAUGUUCGGAAGGACGCUAGGCUGUAAAAGAUUUUUUAUACACAGCUGAGUUUAAUAUGAUAAGAAAUCACUUUUUGAUUUAACCAGAAUGACAUGUGACCCACUGGACAAACUCGGCUUUUAUUGUACAUUGUACAAAUUUCCCUCUUGAAUAUGAUAGAACUGGUUAAUGAAAUGGAAAAUCAAUACAAGUUAAGUUUAACAUU